AUUCUCAUUUCCAUUAUUUCCCAAACACACAAAAACACACACAAAAACAAAUGGCAAGAGAAAAAAGUAGCACCGCCGCCGCCACCGCCGGAUUACACCACCUAAGUGUACCAAGUUUUUUUAAAUGUCCGAUUUCUAUGGAUGUCAUGACAUCUCCGGUCAGCCUAUCAACCGGUGUUACAUAUGACCGGACCAGUAUUCAAAAAUGGCUAGAUUCCGGUCAUAAUACUUGUCCUGCCACCAUGCAAGUCCUUCAGUCAACCGACGUCGUACCAAACCUGACACUCCGCCGCUUAAUCCGGGUCUGGUCUGAUUCUUAUCUUCUUCGUCCUGAAUCCAACAUUUCUUUUAACAACCAUCUUGCUUUUGAAACCAUCAAGAAAUUCAUACAAACGACCCAACAACAGAAACAAUACAUACAUGUUUCUGUAUCUAUGUUAUCGGGUAUUGUUAGUUUCGCGAAAAUUUCGGGUGAAAACCGUGAAGCUUUGGUCAAAUUAGAUGGGUUUGUUAAGUCAAUGGUGGUGAUUUUUGAAAAUAAUGACCAGAUCGAAGUGGUCAAACUUGUGUUACAAAUAUUUGAUUUGAUAUUGACUGAGAAAGGUGUUGCACAACAGAUGGUUCAGUUUUUGGAUGUUUCGCUAAAUUCGUUUAAAGUUGUUUUAAAAAAAAAUGUUUUAGAUGACAGAAUUACCGUGGCCAGAGUACUGGAGACCCUGGCCGCGUGUAAUAUUGAAAUCCGAAGAGCAAUCGCGGAUGAUAGUUUUUUAUUGAAAGACUUGUAUAGUCUUGUAAAUUCGGAUAACUGUGAAGCGGUGGAAACCGUGUUAGCUUUGCUGAUCACGGUUUCCACAACCAGACAAGUUAAAAAAGAGCUUGUACGGCUCGGAAUUGUUCGAGCCGUUGGGAAAAUGCUUGCGGGACCAGAGAAUAAGGUCCCGCUGGUUGAGAAGUGUAUGAAGAUGCUUGAAAUGGCGUCAACGUGUACAGAAGGACGAACAGCGUUAUCAGAAGAUGAUAACGUUGUGUGCUCUGUGGUGCAGCGGUUGAUGAAAGUAUCAACCACUGCCACCGAGCACGGAAUUGGUGUGAUAUGGAGUUUGUGUUGUAUGUCAAGAGAUAAAAAUGCACAAGAAAUUGCAAUGAGAAAUAAUGGAUUGACAAAAGUGUUGUUGGUGAUGCAGAGUAAUUGUUCCGGGACGGUUAGGCAAAUGUGUGGUGAGUUGGUUAAAGUUUUCCGAGUUAACUCAAAGUCAUGUUUGGCGAGCUAUGAAACACGGACAACUCAUAUUAUGCCUUAUUGACUCGGUUGAGGGGUUGGACUUGGAAUUGGUCCAAUACUCUAGAGGUUUUUUGUUUAGUUAGAAUAUUUUUUAUCAUUAUUAUUUCUGACUUACUAUGAUUAGAAAAAAGGAAGAUGUAAAUCGAAAUUUGAUUAUAAUAUGACAAAUUGGUCCAUGAUUAAA